AACACCUUUAUGUUGGCGAUUCGGCAUGUUAUAAGACAUGUCAAAUUGUCACUUCGUAAAUCUGUUGACGAACUAGAUGAUCAUAAUAAACAAAGUGUCAAAGCCAAUUUUCAAAUUUUUCCUAUAAAUAUUAUCACACAAAAAUGGUUGGCUGUUCUGUUCCUGGUUGUUCCAGCAGAUCUGAGAAAGGUUUUUUUCUUAAGCAAUUGCCGACUGAUCCUAUAAGACGUGCAAUGUGGAUUGAAAAAUUACCUCAACGUGACUGGAGCUUGCAGUAUUUAAGAAUAUGUGAGAUUCAUUUUGCUGCAGAUCAGUUCGAAAAACUCAGAGUAGAUGGAAAAAAGAAAUUAAAAGCUUGUGCACUUCCGACAUUAUUUUAUAUGAAGAACAAAAACAAAACCAAAAAAAAGAAGAUCAAAGACAACUUAAUAACCAAGGAGCAGAUUCAGGAAGCUCAAAAUAAUGAUAUUUUAGAAAUGAUACCUCACUUGGCUGAUGAAUGUUUGAAUAAAUCCGCUAUUAGCCAUGCAGAACAGAAUGCAACAUAUUUGUUAAAUGAAAAUUUUGCUCAAAACUCACAAGAAAAUAAACUAUCAAUAUCAAUACAAAAUAAUUUGUGUAUUGACAAUGUAGCAUCUAGUUACACUGGAGGUAGCGAAAUAAUACAUUUAAAAAACAUGGACAUAAAAAAUAAUACAAAUCUUUCUAAAACAGCAAUUGUUAAUCUGUUGCUAGAAACCACAUUUGGAAAUGAUCCUCUAUCUUGUUCUGAUAAUGAUACGAGAUCACAAAAACAAAAUAAUGAAUUUCCAGAUGUGAAUAAACUUAUAAUGGAAAAUGAAUCCUACAAAUUGAAAAAUAAAAAACUUGAAGAAGAUAUAGUUCAAAUAUUACUAAUACGAAAAGCGAAUGAAGAGAGGUUCCAAGCAAGAAUUGAAGAGCUUGAGAAGAAACUUGUAAUUGCUGAUAAAUAUCUCCGCAAAGUUCACCAAACACAAUUGAAAGAAAUAAACAAAAUAAAAGAAAGAAAACAAUUAAUUUCAAAAGGCCUUAAUGUGAAUCAUAUAUUCAAUGAAGACCAAUUAAAAUAUUUAGGGAAAAGGGAAACUUCUAGAUUUUUCUGGUCUAAUGAAACACUAAACACAGCUGUUCAGUUAAAGUUAAUAUUAGGUCAUAAAAAGUUCAAAGAUUUAUUAUCCAGAAAUUAUCCAUUGCCAUCUGUUCGUACAGUGAGCAGACGUUUAGAACGGUUUAAAGUGGCACAUUUUCAGAAAGAUGUUGUUCGGUUUCUUAAAGAUAAUCAUUACAGUAUUCCAGUUAAUGACUUUGUGAGUGAAGACAUGGACAUUGAUUUAGAUUGUGGAGCGAUACAACAUAAUGAAAUAGUUUUUAGUUCCAAUUUACCUGAAGAUGAUAAUAGAAUACCUACAAUUUCUGACUUUAAUGAUAUUUCCAGUAGUCAAAUUCUUAUGACAACACCCAUGUCCGAAGAACCAGCAGUGGUAAAUAGAUUGCCUGUAUUAAGUUUCCAUUUUGUACAAGAAGAUAAUUUAAAUAUAUCAAACUGUAAAAUCAGUGAUAAUCCCAAACAAAGCAUUAAUUUAAAUUUAGAGAAUUUUGGUAAUACUUUAACAAAUUAG